AUGUUCGGCCUACACUACAGAAUGUGCUUCAGAUGUCAAGCAAAUAUAUUAGCAUAUGAUUACUCCGGCUACGGCUGGAGCGACGGUGAAGCGACAGAAAAUGCGGUGUACGCGGACAUUAGGAAGGUUGUUUAUUUUGCUGUGCAUUCGCUGCACGUUCCUCUUCAUAGAAUCAUCCUAUAUGGGCACAGCGUCGGUUCAGGGCCGAGCUGCGACAUAGCAGCAAAAGGGAAGAUGAAAGAUUUGGGCGGCAUAAUUCUGCAUUCUUCGAUUGCCUCAGGUCUUCGUCUAUUUAUUAACAACAUUGAGAAGGCCCCCUGGUUUGACGCCUUUCAAAACGCAGAAAAGUUAAAAAAAGUGCGAGAUGUCCCCCUGCUGCUCAUUCAUGGUCGCCUAGACAGACAGGUGCCGUUCGCUCACUCGCUAAAGUUGGAGGCGUCCUGUCGCGAAGCAGACGCGCGUUACGAGCAGCAGCAGCAGCAGCAGCAGCAGAAGAGCAGCAGCAGCAGCAGAUGCUGCUUCGGCUCUUCUUCGCAACUCCGAAAGACAGAGACCCCACAAACAAAAGAUGCAGAGCUGCGCAGACACCGCGUUCAGACGUGGUGGGUUCCAGAUGCUGAUCACAAUGACGUCGAACAUAAGGCGGGGGAUGAGUACUACCGCCGCAUUUCCGCCUUUCUCGCGUUUUGCGCCAAGUGGCACGCAGACCGCGACGCGAAGAUCGCCAGUACAUAA